AUGUCAAGUUCAUGGAGACUUUAUACGAGUUCGCCAAAUGAACUCAAUGUGAUGGGUUCUCCUUGGCCGUUUGUUACUUGGGGAAUCGAUUUUAUUGGGCCCAUAGAGCCUCCUGCGUCCAAUGGACACCAUUUUAUCUUGUUUGCUAUCGAUUGCUUCACAAAGUGGGUUGAGGCCUCGAAAUAUAAGGCAGUAACCAAGAAGGUGGUAGCAGAUUUUAUUCGUAACAACUUAGUCUGCCGGUUUGGAAUUCCAGAAUCAAUCAUAACAGAUAAUGGAUCCAAUCUUAAUAGUGACCUGAUGAGAGAGAUUUGCGAAAAGUUUAAGAUCUAUCAUCAAAAUUCCACGGCGUAUCGACCACAAAUGAAUGAAGUAGUUGAAGCUGCAAACAAGAAUAUCAAGAGGAUUUUGAGGAAUAUAGUGGACAGUAAUAGAGAAUGGCAUGAGAAGUUGUCAUAUUCUUUACUUAGAUAUCGUACCACAAUCAGAACUUCUACUGGGGCAACUCCCUACAUGUUGGUUUAUGGGUCGGAAGCAGUGAUACCUGCAGAAGUGGAGAUACCUUCAUUAAGAAUGAUCCAUGAGGUUGGUCUAGAUGACACCGAAUGGAUUCGUAGCUGGAUCGAGCAGUUGAUGCUUAUUGAUGAAAAAAGAUUAGGCGCAAUAUUACCUCACCAAGAUGAAGCCAAAGGGAAAUUUGUACCAAACUGGCAAGGUCCUUACAUAGUUCACCGAGUACUCUCAGGAGGAGAAGUGAUACUUGCAGAAAUGGACGGCACA